ACCUCAUCUCAACAACUCCACAGAUUUUCACAUUCUUCAAUCAUCUGAAUUUUGAUUAGUUAUUGAAAAAAUUGUGUCAUCCGAAGAAUUUGAUAAUGGAAUCAGGAUGUUGCUUUUGCUUCUUCUCGAGCAAGAAGAGUGUUGUUGUUGGAAGGAAUGGCAGAAGCAGUUCAGAAGAGGUUCAGUGGGGAAAGAAUGAUGAGAUGCUAUCUGACAGAAGCACGUUUUCUGUGAAAGAACAAGAAAAGAGGUUGAAGAAAGCUUUGGAAGAGGAAGAAAAGGUUAGCAAGGAAGCAGAGAGGGUUGUCCAAUGGGUCAAGCACGAAUCUGCAAAAAUUCAUCUUUCUGCAGUCAAAUCAGUUCUUAAUGAACCUCAAAAAGAAUCAAAUGUUGUGUAAAACAUUAUUGUCACUUUCUUUUGAGAAAUUAUUGUAUAUGUUUCAUAGUAUUAUGGGUGGCUUCCUUUUCAUUUUAGAUCAAUUUUUGUGUCAAGUUGAAAUUGGAUCAUUUAAUAAUUUCUGGUUUCUUUAGCUUCAAGUUAUGAAUCAUUGGUAUUGUUGAAGAAGAUAUGCCUGUUGACCUUGUCCACAAAGGACUGUGUUGGACUUUUCAAGAAAAAAAUCUAUAUGCAUCAAGAAUUCAAAUUACA